UCUUAAAUUGAUUCAACUUCCGGUUAGCAAAGAAUUCCAAGAUGGCGACGAACAAUGAAGUAAAGUGUGACAUAGUUUUUGAACGGUUAUCAGUGCGUGAAUUACGAUUAUAUCUGAAAGAUCGAGGCGAAAAUGUAUCAGGAAAUCGACCUGAAUUGAUCAAAAGAGCCAGGGGGCUCUUGAAAUUAGGAAAGAGGACGCUAAAAGAGAUUGAAAUCUCGGACAACGUCGAUCAUGAUGUUCGUCAAUGUCAAUUGUUUACAACGCCGCUCGGAGAUAAAUUACCCACACCGUCGGAUAUAAAAGAAUGCUGGGAUGAGAAUUUAGAUAAAGUUCCAAAUUUUCGUAAAGAGGACUUGUAUAACUAUUUGGUAUUAAGCAAAUCAAGGACUCAUGACAAGGAAAAUAGGAAUGCCAAGCGUCAAUUGAAAGCGGAAGUGUUUUACGAAGACAGUGCACAGUGUACGAUACCACCAGAUUACCCAAGAGUGUUCACAUUGCUAUGUCCGAGCAAGGUUAUACCAUCCCUUCCAACAGACAAUAAGAAAAAAGAUCACGAUGCUUGGGUCUGUCUGGCUAAGAUGUCAGGAAUGGUUCAUGCUGCUGGCUGCAUUUGCACUGCUGGAGAGGGCGAAUCAUGCAACCAUGUGGCAGCGCUGCUAUAUGCAUUAGUUGACAUUACAGAUAAACGGAAAGAUGGAACAGGAGCAUCAACCUCAAAACCAUGUAAGCGGAAUAGGCCUCGGAAACGAAAACUCAGUCCUCAGAAGUCGCAAAACAUUACUUUCAAAAAAAUUAAAUAUGAAGAAAAGACUACUGAACGUGAACCCAAACACGAGCAACAACUGAAUACAUGUACAAUGGACCGUGUAAAACCGCUGAAUCUUCAUUCGCAAUGUCUUAAAUUAAAGAGCUGUGCCCCGAAUGCAGCAUUGCUGCUAAGUAUGGAGACUGGAAAAGAAAUUGUGCAACAAGCAGAGGAUUUAAAACUCCCAAAUUUGCAUACAGUUCCAUAUAUGUAUCGUGACAGGGCUUUCCUUUGA